UUCAGAUGAAAAGUCAUGCUCAGACUUUUUUGGUUGUAUUCAUAUUUGCUUUGUUUAUCACUGUAUAACAUUCUCCUUAUCAUGAACUCCUUUAUUGCUAAUCAACUGGCUGGUUGGGGGGGUCUCAUCAGCAAAUAAAUCCGGAAAAAAGAGGGCUGGAAAAAAUAAAUCUGGAGAAAUUCAAGUGAACUAAUACACUAUUUUCUUCUUCAUGUCUCCCUUUAAAAAUGUUUCCUCUUUCUCUUUUCUACUUUUGUCCUCCCUUCCCUCUCUCUCUCUCCUUCAAUCUUUCCCUCUUUCUGGUCAUCAACAUUUCCCUGAUCCUUCGUUUUACUCAGUUUCAUUUCACCAUGCCCAGAGCAUUCCUGCUGCUGUGUGUUGCCCUGGUGUUCCUUGGGCUUGUGCAUGGAGCUAUUUUGAGAAACAAAGAAAAAUGGAAGCCACUCAACAAUCCUAGGAACUGGGAUCUGUUUUUCAGAACCCUUCAAGCAUAUUUUAAGGGAAGAGAUCUUGAUCUUGGGAGAUUUUCAAAUACUUUUUCCAUGAGUGAGAAUCCCAGACCUCUCUCUUUCCAGUCAGAACUUAUUGCUUCUGCAUUUGCAGAUUUUGAGGAACAGAAAAACUCCUUCCCCAAUUAA